CUUCACUCAUCCAAUUCAACUCCUGCAGUCAGCAAAACACCCGGCAGAGUGGAGGUCCACAACUAAAGCAUCCUGCAGAGACUUCAUGGGCUGUGCAUGUAUGUGUGUGAGAGCGAGAGAGAGCGAGAGCAAGAGAGAUAGAGAGAGAGAGAGACGGCUUGCUUAUGGACCACUGCUGUAGCAUUAAAUCUGGGGCUGAGACAGAAUCAGACUAAAGAUGAGAAAAAUAUGUCAGGGACUCCAGUUACGGAUUCCAAAAGAUGCUGUCCUUCAGUAGAUCACACAGGAGGAGACAUACUUAAAUCUUCUAUUGGGGACACAGACAGCAAGAGAGUUGGAUGAAAAAGAAAAUUAACUUGCAAAGGUGAAGAUUUGGACUAUAUUUUUGAUUUUCUGUCCUUUUUUUGGGAGGGGGGGCCUCGAAACACUUUCGUGUGUCCCUCAAGUCCUUCUUCUGUUCAGUGUCCUUUCUGCAUGUCCUGCUCAGCAGGUGAACACACUCAUGGUGGAUGCCAAGGGAAGGAACAUGAAAUGUCUGACGUUCUUCUUGAUGCUUCCAGAGUCCGUGAAGAGCAAGUCCAGUAAAGGCUCCAAGAAGGGAAGCGCCAGCGGCUUCUCCAAGCUGCCCCCUGUUUGUUAUGAGAUCAUCACCCUGAAGACCAAAAAGAAGAAGAAAAUGGCUGGAGAGUUCUUCUCAACCAAAAAGUCGACUUCGGCUAGCACAGUACAGAGAUACCAGCAGCAGAACCUGAAUAAUAACAACACCAUCCACUGCUGCAACUGGCAGGGGCUGUAUUCCACCAUCAGAGAAAGAAAUGCUGUGAUGUUCAACAAUGAGCUAAUGGCAGAUGUACAUUUUGUAGUGGGCCAGCCUGAAGAAACACAGAGGCUUCCAGGACACAAGUAUGUCCUGGCUGUGGGGAGUUCAGUGUUUCAUGCCAUGUUCUACGGAGAACUAGCAGAAGAUAAGGAUGAAAUCAGUAUUCCAGAUGUGGAGCCUGCAGCCUUCCUGGCCAUGUUAAAGUACAUAUACUGCGAUGAGAUUGACCUAAGUGCUGAUACGGUGUUGGCGACAUUAUACGUAGCGAAGAAAUACAUCGUUCCACAUUUAGCACGAGCCUGUGUCAACUUCUUGGAGACGAGUUUAUGUGCUAAGAAUGCUUGCAUUCUGCUGUCUCAGAGCUGCCUUUUUGAGGAACCAGAGCUUACCCAGCGCUGCUGGGAAGUGAUUGACGCCCAGGCUGAAUUGGCCCUUAAAUCGGAUGGCUUCUGUGACAUUGACCCCAAGACUUUGGAGAGUAUUCUACGUCGAGAGACGCUGAAUGCCAAGGAGAUUGUGGUGUUUGAGGCAGCUCUGAAAUGGGCAGAGGCUGAGUGUCAGCGAAGAGAUUUGGCUGUUUCCAUUGGUAACAAGCGUAAAGUUCUUGGCCAGGCUGUAUACCUGAUUCGCAUUCCCACCAUGGGCCUCGAUGACUUUGCUAAUGGUGCAGCUCAGUCAGGUGUGCUGACGCUAAAUGAGACAAAUGAUAUAUUCCUGUGGUACACAGCAGCUAAGAAGCCAGAUCUGCAGUUCGUCAGCAAGCCCCGCAGAGGACUGACCCCACAGAAGUGUCACCGCUUCCAGUCCUGUGCUUAUCGGAGCAACCAAUGGCGUUACCGUGGACGCUGCGACAGCAUUCAGUUUGCUGUUGACAAGCGAGUAUUUAUUGCUGGUUUUGGCCUCUAUGGUUCAAGCUGUGGCUCUGCAGAGUAUAGCGCCAAAAUUGAGCUGAAGCGCCAGGGAGUGAUACUAGGCCAGAACCUCAGUAAGUACUUCUCUGAUGGUUCAAGCAACACUUUCCCUGUGUGGUUCGAACAUCCUGUACAAAUAGAACCUGACACUUUCUACACAGCCAGCGUGGUUCUGGAUGGGAAUGAGCUCAGCUAUUUUGGGCAGGAAGGAAUGACUGAGGUACAGUGUGGGAAGGUGACUUUCCAGUUCCAGUGCUCCUCAGACAGUACCAAUGGCACAGGUGUACAGGGUGGUCAGAUCCCAGAGCUCAUAUUUUAUGCUUAAGGUUCCUCAAAGAAGACAAGAAAAUGCUCUCAUUGACAAAAUAAUUUUUUCUUUUAUUAAGUAACUGUUUUUAUAAAUCCUGCUUUGACAUGUAAAUGUUUUGACUGUGAAAAUGUGGACUUCACGGCAAAUCAGAACAGGACAGUUGUAUGCAUGUACAGUGUAUAUUUAAUUGCCGUGUGUUGCAGUGAUUUGCUUGCACAGGCCACAUGCACAUGGUAGCAAUACUUACAAUAUUCAAGUCAAAGGUAAUUAUGUGAAUCUAAUCAUUUUCCCUAUUCAUUAGAGGGUAAGGACACCUUUACAAUACCUUACACAAAAGUAACAUUGCAACCACUGUGUGAUCUUCAUGUCUAUUAAGCAGGGGUGGAAAAAAGUACAAAGAAAUUGUAUGUCAAUAUAAGUAUGAAAGUAUUGGGGCUAAAAAUAUACUUGAGUGAGAGUACAAAAGUAUUAACAUUUAAACCUAUUAAAGUAAAUAAAUCUAUGUAUCAAUAGAUAAAUUAAUAAUUUGUCUUUGGUAAGUUUUGUGUGAUGCAGUUGGGCAGCUAGUCGGCACUAAUCCUCACAUAUACGAAUUUGCUUGGAUUUUUGGUAGUUUUGAAUUUAAAAAAAGCACUAAAUUCAAACGCAUGUGAACUCAACUGACGAAGUACUUUGAAUGUCUAAGUGACUUACAUCAAGUAAGAAAUAAUGUGUAAUUUAUCUCUUUGUAUUUAUCUGCUUUGUGUAUUUAUCUCUUUGAAAUGUAACUGAGUCAAGUAUAAGACAUCAAUCAUUAGAAAUCAAUAAUAAUAUUACAGUACAAAUAUGCAAAAUGAUACAAUUUCUCAAAUAUUUUCCACCCCUCACUUAUAUGUAUUGUAUUAACUUGUCAGCAAACAAAAAUUUAACAACCACUUUGUAUUAGCUAUGAAAUACUAGAGUAUUAAAUACCCCCCUCACUGCAGGAAACAUUUAUGGAGACAGUUUGGUGCAGUAAGCACCCUUUAAGCAGUGUCGCGGUCUUUACCUUUUUUAUUUUAUAGAAUUAAGAAUUCAUCUGUUUGAAUUUGACUUGUUGCCAGUGACAUGGCAGGCUCUUAGAGUUAUCAAUUAGUCUGUUAUUAAGAAGCUUUACCCUGUUCAAGAUACACAUUGGGUUUAGUGGUGUAAUUAACUUUACACUACACCUCUCAUGGAUAUUUGCAACAAAGAUUUGUUCUACUUUAUUGCUUUCAGCUUUGCUAUCCAGUAUUUAAUAUCUUACUGCCAAGGAUUCAGUUCUAUAGAUAACAAUUACCUGGAAAAGAAACAAACCUACAUGUUUAUGUUUGUCUCACAAUUUAAGUAACAUAUUUAAUUGAUUCAAUUUAACAAGUAUUUUAUGAUAAUAAUAACUUUGACAUAACUUGGAACAUAUCAGUUUGUAUAAAGCUAAACUAUGGGUCUCUGGAACUGUGUCAGUUUUGAUUACAAGUUGAACAUCCUUUUCAUGUAUUACUGAAAUGUAUUUUGAUCCAUGUGCACUAACUGAUGAGGGAGCUUCUCAGUAUGUGAAUGACCUAUGUUUUGCAGGCUUACAUUGCAAAAAGGCUAUGAAUGUGAAUGAGAGCUGAAUUUGCUGGAUUUUUAAUAAGUGAGAUAUCAUGAGUGGUUAUCACUAUAUAGUUAAAGUCUCCUUACAUAUACCACAAUUGAAAGAUGAAACGUCAUCAGUUUAUGCAAUGUACAUGCCAACAGACACUGACUGUCCACUUCAUUAGGUACACUUCUCACUGUGAAUUUUAUGAGGUCUACUGUCCGUACAGGUGCACUUCAUAGUGCUAUAGUUACUGAUUGUUUUCUGUCUGUUAUGAUGUUUUGGUAAAAAUCAAUGGCUAAUUUUGCAAUUCCAAUGGAGUCAUUUUAUUCCAUUCUGUUCAUUUUUUAAAAUUCUGACAUGGAUCUGCCAUGAAUAAAUCCAUGAGAGAAUUAUAUUUGGUUGUUAUGAAUGAAUGAUUAGUAAUGCUAAAGAAACUAGGGCAACAUGUCAGUUUGACAAACACACUGAGGGAAGUCUCUGAUCAUUUCCACUAGUAGUAGGACCUACUAUUUCUGUACAGUUCUACAGAUCAUUCCACAGUCAAUGUGUUUGUGCUCUGUUGUAGAUGAGGAAAUAAAGAGUGACCACACCUUA